AAAAAAAAAAAAAAACAGUCCAAUGUGCCAUGCGUACCAGGAAGUUAGUCCCUACGAGACGGGUCAGCCAGUUCCUCUUUUUUUUUUGUUUCUGGAUGUAAGAGAAGCUAAAACAAGCAGGGCUGUUAGCUUAAGUUCAACUUUGUAAACCAAUAAAUGGUAAAUAUAGCUUACGAGAAAUUAUCGAAAUUGUAGUGCUAAUAUUUUCUAGCGCUGGGAAUUGGACUGAACAAUAAAAAAAUAUGGGAUGUCAAAAAUCCAAGCUGAUGGAUGAGCAGAAUGGAGGUGCACUUGACCUGAAGAAAUCGCAACCAGUACGUACUGACCGAACUAUAUAUACAAGAGAUCCAACGUCCAAUAAGCAACAAGCAAUAAUCCCAUCAUCUCAAGAUAGUCAUCUACUGCCAGGCCAGAGAUUCCUGAAGUUGGAAGAUAAAUCUGAACCUGGGAAGAUCGUAGUCGCCCUGUACCCAUAUGAUGGUCUCCAUGAUGAAGAUCUGAGAUUCAAGAAAGGGGAAAGACUGCGAGUUAUUGAGGAAUGUGGAGAAUGGUGGAAAGCCAUGUCCCUUACAAGCAAGAAGGAAGGUUUUAUUCCCAGCAACUACGUGGCACAAGUGAACACAUUGGAGACAGAGGAAUGGUUCUUCAAAGAUAUCACAAGGAAAGAUGCUGAGAGGCAACUUCUAGCACCAAGAAAUAAGCCAGGGGCAUUCCUUAUUCGAGAAAGCGAAACUUCAAAAGGUAGCUAUUCUCUGUCCAUCAGAGACUCUGACCAGAAGGGAGUGGAUGUGAUCAAGCAUUACAAGAUCCGAAGUCUGGACAAUGGUGGCUAUUACAUCUCUCCCAAAAUUACAUUUCCUGAUAUUCCUCAAAUGCUGAAGCAUUAUCAGAAACAAUCGGAUGGUCUAUGUCGAUGCCUGGACAAGCCGUGUUCCAAACCCAAGGCCCAGAUGCCAUGGGAUAAAGAUGCAUGGGAGAUUUCCAAGGAGUCUAUCAAAAUGCUGAAGAAACUGGGAGCAGGACAGUUUGGGGAAGUGUGGUUGGCUUACUACAACAACUCCACUAAAGUAGCUGUGAAAACCCUGAAACCAGGCACGAUGUCGGCACAGGCUUUCCUUGAAGAAGCCAACCUGAUGAAAGCCCUUCAGCAUGACAGACUGGUGAGGCUGUACGCUGUGGUCACCAAGGUGGAGCCCAUUUACAUCAUCACUGAAUUCAUGGCAAAUGGUAGUUUGUUAGAUUUCCUAAAAAGCGAAGAAGGCAACAAUUUACUGUUACCAAAGCUAAUUGAUUUUUCAGCUCAGAUUGCAGAGGGGAUGGCUUACAUUGAAAAAAAGAACUACAUCCAUCGUGAUCUGAGAGCAGCAAAUGUCCUUGUUUCAGAGUCACUGUUAUGCAAAAUUGCUGACUUUGGUUUAGCGAGAAUCAUUGAGGAUGAUCAGUACACAGCCCGGGAAGGUGCCAAGUUCCCAAUAAAGUGGACUGCUCCGGAGGCUAUUAACUAUGGAUCAUUCACUAUCAAGUCAGACAUGUGGUCCUUUGGAAUUCUACUUUAUGAAAUUGUUACAUAUGGAAAAAAUCCAUAUCCAGGAAUGAGCAACGCCGAUGUGAUGAAUUCAGUCCAGCGUGGUUAUCGGAUGACUUGUCCUGAUAAAUGUCCGCAGGAGCUUUAUGACAUCAUGACUUCCUGUUGGAAGAGCAAACCUGAGGACAGACCCACAUUUGACUAUUUGCAGAGCGUGCUGGACGACUUCUACACUGCAACUGAAGGACAAUAUCAACAGCAACCUUAAGAGCAAGAAGAAACUUUUUGUGUUGUUGUUGUGACUGCAUGAAACGAUUUUAAUGAUAUGGCCCAUGUAAUAUUAAAUUACAUUGACCAUAUCAUCAUCAUCAUCAUGUAUUCAUCCUUCAGUAGUAUCUUGAAUCCCCACUACUGCAUGUCUGGAGCAUUGGGCUCACAUUUAUGCCAAGGAAUAGUUUUAGAAGGGCAGUGGAAAUGUUAUACAGUCGUCUCCGGCUAAGAGAACACCCCUCGGGAAGCAAGCAAAAUGUUUUUAUAGUUGAAGUGUUCUCUAAGACGGAGUUAACCACCAGUAAUUAAUAUGAAUCUAUAAAUAAAUUAACACAGAACCCAUACACACGUUAAAAACUGCAUGCACAUUAAUUCUCACCAGAAUGGAAAACACCAAAUAGGUUCAGCUACUUGUGUCUGAUUUCAGGUUUUUUUUAAGAGCUCAAACAAUUUCCAACUUUUUAUAGCAAGAGAAACAGCGGUGCAUUUUGCCGUUUGUUUACAUGCCAUUUUGUAGCAAUGAGGUGCACUCAUGGAAAUCAGAAUACAAAACGAGACAAUGAUAUGACUGCGGUUCUGGAAAGAUUGAAUAAACCAAUCAGUGUGUGUCAAGACACUCUUGUGAUGACCAGUCGCUUUUGUUUUAAUCAGUCUUUCCAUUUUAAUUAAAGUUACAAAACAGUAUUGUAUCCGUUGUGAACGAAUCGCUAUCGGUGCCAAGAAGGUGUUCUUUUAAGCGAAUUUCCUGUUCCUUUAGCCGGAUCAUUUACAAUGGGGAACAAUCUGUUUCACAACAAGGGUGUUCCCUUAGAUGAAGUGUUCUCUUAGGAGGUGUUCCUAUAUGCACAGACUACUGUACUGCUUAAAAACGUGUAUGGCCACCUUUUGGAAGACUUUCAGAAACAAGGAGAUGGCCGAGGGCUACUGAUUCAUAACUCAAUGGAUGAGUAGUCCAUUGGAUAAAGACGUUAAGCCUGUUGUGCUUACAAAAUAAAGUAUGUGAAAUGUUUGACUCAGGAUAUUUGUAAAAAAAAAAAAAAAAAAAGGAAAAUGAUUUUGUAAAAAAAGGAUAGUUGCUUAAUUACAAA